GCGUUGGACGGAUUUAUAAUGGUUUUUUCUUCAAACGGGCAUAUUUAUUACGUCUCCGAAAGUAUUACGUCUUUGCUUGGAUAUCUUCCAAACGAAUUGGAGAACACGACCAUUUAUGAUAUAACGUAUCAAGAGGAUCAGCCGAAUUUAUACAAUAUUCUACUGAAUCCUGAAAGCACACGAGACAGACACAGUAUGAAAAAAGAUGACCAAAUUUCUUUUACGUGUCACAUCAAAAGGGGCGGACUCGAUUUCCGGGAAGAAUCUAUUUACGAACUUGUACAGUUUAUUGGCUACUUUCGUUCUGCUAUGGACAGCGAUGUUGACAAUCUGUUGCCAA